UCCCUCCUCAGAAGCCUCUCCAGCACUGGAUCACCAGGGCUCAGUCUUCAGCACUGCACUGCUCUGUUGUUCUCAAGCAGCUCUCUUGGAUCCUCCAGUGCUGUCCCGAAGGUUCUUCUGCAGCCCCUGCUGAGGCCAGGGAGGGGGAGGUCAUGCAGGGUCAAGCCACACUGAGCCACCCGUCUCCCCUGGCCCCACACAUCCAGCCACAGGCAUGCUUGCUGCGGCGAGGGGAGCAAGCUUGGAAGGAGGUGCAGCAGAAGGUGGAGAAUCUUAUGAAGGAAGUGAAAGACUUGAAAGAGAAGCUGGAUGGAUUGGCCCCCAGGAAUCCACAGAGAGAGUUAUCCAUAGCUGGGAUGACUUCACACUUUGCUGUUCCUCUCUGGACCGGCUGGGCAUUGCAGUGGGUCAGAUCCCGGCUCUAGAACAUCUCUUUAUUCCUGAAGGUGUUCCGGUCCUCCAUACCCAGCCUGCCCUCAUCUGCGGUCUGCAGGCUGUAAGGACAGAGGUGGAAACCUGCCUCACAGAGUUCACCACCUGGAAGACUCACCUGCUCUCUAUCAGACAGUCACAGAAACGACGUUCCCAUCCAUUUUCUGUUGAGUUCUCCAGGCAGCUGGAGAAAGCAAUAAACAUGGUUCUGUGUGCGGUUCAGACGCUUGUCAAGAGGAGGGAGAAGGAAAAACAGGAGGAUCAGCAGUCAGAAAACAAGAGAGAGGUGGCAGAGGAGCUCUUGAAACCGGGACACUUGAGCAGGUUACUGGAAGAAGACCUAAGUGGAGAUGUAUCUAGCCUCUCAUUACCAGAGAUCAAUAAAGUCGUGACAGAGCUGUUCGAGAGACUUCGAUCACACAGGGACGACUGUCAUCCCCACCAACUACAGGAACUGAAAGAGGCAUGUAGGGGUGUGGUGCGUUUGGAGCCCAUGCUGUGUCUGUACUCUGAGUUGGUGAGGUAUUAUCUGGCUGUACUGAUGGGAGCUCACCGUACCACAGGAAAGCUGCUGUCCGUCCUCGCUAACAUCUUCACUGAACUCGCACAGAAGGGUUUCUGUCUGCCCCAGGAGCUGAUGGGAGGAGGAGACGGUGAGGGAGCGACAGAGUUCCAUGAUUAUGAGGGUGGAGGAAUAGGAGAAGGUGAAGGAGUGAAGGACGUCAGUGACAAAAUCGAAAACGAGGAUCAGGUUGAAGACACCUUCCAGGAGGGUCAGGACAAGAAGGAGGAGGAGCAAAACAAACAGGACAUUAAAGAGGAGGACAAUGCCAUUGAGAUGUCUGAAGACUUUGAUGGAAAGAUGCAUGACGGCACGGACCAUGAGCCAGGGGAAGAUGAAGAAGACUCUGAUAAGGAAGAAGAUGAGGAGCUGGAUAAGAAGAUGGGGGAUCUGGGUGAUGGUCAGACAGAUACUCUGGAUGAGAGAAUGUGGGGAGAUGAUGAGGAUGAUGAUGAUGAUGUUGACAGUGAUAAAGAGGAAGAGUCUGGUCCAGGAAUGGAUCAGGGAGAGUCAGAGCUUGUGGCAAAGGAUGACAACAUGGAUGCUGGAGAGUCAAAGAAAGAUAAGAGCCAGGACAAAGAUCACCCACAAGAUGAGGAAGAAAAGGAGAAAAUCCAUGAACAGGUGGAUGAGCGUGAGUUUGAUGAAAAUGAAGUAGACCCAUACCAUGGUAAGCAGGAGAAGGCAGCAGAACCAGAAGCCAUGGACCUGCCAGAUGAUCUCAACCUGGAUGAAGAUGGCAAGGAUGAAGAGGGAGGAGAAGGAGAUGAGGAGAAUCCAUUUGAUAUAGAUGACAAACUCAUGGAGGUGGAUGAGAAUAAGGAAGGAGAGAAAGAUGGAUCGGAGGAAGGUGGAGAUGAGAUGACAGAUGAGCAACAAGAAGGACAGACGGAGGAACAUGGAGAAGAUAACAAAUCAGAAGAGAAGGAAGGAGCAGAAAAAUUUGAGAAUCAAGAGUCUGAAACAGACGAGAGAGGAGAGAAUAAAGAAGAGGAGGAUGAGGAAGAGGAGAAAAAUAAAGGACAAGAAGGGCGAGAAGAGAACAAGUCCAUACCAGCUGAUCAAGGCCAAAAACCAAAGGAGGAAGACAAUGAGGGUGAAGAUGAUGAAGCAAAGUUGGAUUCUGCCGAGAGGAAAGAACAUGCGUCAGAUGGACAGACAGGAGAGGAGAACGUUCAGAGUGACACUGCAGUAGAGCUGGUUGGAGCAGCGUCAGAGAGAGAUCAGGCAAAGGAGGAGGAUGGCAGCGGGGCAGCGGAUGCCAGUCAGUCUGAGGGGCACGACUCUAAGCUGAUGGCCAGGAUGAGUUCACGCAAACAGAGGCAGAGAAACACGCAGAGCUUCAAACGCAGACCUGGACAGGCAGAUAAUGAACGCUCAAUGGGUGAUAGUAGUGAGCGUGUGAAUAAGCGUUUGCGUACUGUUGACAACAGAGAGGAGAAAACGCAGGAUCAGUCUCAGCCCAACACACAACAGGAAUCUGACCUGUAUGAGCACAUAAAACAGGGAGAGGAGCGAUACGAUGCUCAGACAUAUGAUGCUGCUAGUGCAGAACAGCAGAAGCCGGCUGGUGCCAAACCGGAAGAGGAGGAUGAAGAAGACAUCGCAAUGGAUGUGGAGGAAGAAAAGAACCUGCAAGCAGUUGAAGCCCAGGAGCUAAAACCAGAGAAGCUAAAUGACAAUAAAGCUUCUCAGAAAGGUUUGGAGUGUGGGGACAUGGAGGCACAGAAACAGACCGAUGAGGAAGAAAAGGAGAAGCCAGAGACACAGAGAUGUAGUAAUGAAGAAGAGAUGAAAGAGAGGAGUGACAAGUCCACCAUCCACACUGUGCCUGAACUACUGAUGGACAUGCAAAAGGUACAACUGAAGAACCCAGAAGAGCUGAGAAGAGAGAUGGAGCUGCAGUUGGAGGCCUGGCAGAGACAGACUUUUGGAUCCCAGGAAGAGGAGAGUGCGGCAACAGUGCUGUGGCAUCAGUACCAGGCCCUGACGUCUCCUCUGUCCCAGCUGCUCUGUGAGCAGCUCCGCCUUGUCUUGGAGCCUACGCAGGCUGCCAAACUCAGGGGAGACUUCCGCACAGGUAAACGGCUGAACAUGCACAAGGUCAUUCCUUACAUCGCCAGUCAGUUCCGCAAGGAUAAGAUCUGGCUGAGGAGAACAAAGCCCAGUAAGAGAAACUACCAGAUCUGCCUGGCUGUGGAUGACUCCUCCAGUAUGGUGGACAACCACUCCAAACAGCUGGCAUUUGAGUCGGUUUCUGUCAUAGUGAACGCUCUCACACUUUUGGAAGUGGGUCAGGUGGCUGUGUGCAGUUUUGGAGAGAGUGUCCAGCUGCUCCAUCCCUUCCACCAGCAGUUCAAUGACCAAACAGGAGCAAAAAUACUGCGGAUCUGUCAGUUCCAGCAGAAGAAGGCCAGAAUAGCUCAAUUUUUAGAGUCCUCAACAAAUAUGUUCAUGGCAGCCAAACAGCAGACCCCUGACCCCUGGCUCGACAAACACCGAAUCGUCUCAGUUACUGCUAAUAGUAUCUGAUGGUCGCGGUUUGUUCUUGGAGGGGAAAGAGAGAGUUGCAGCUGCUGUUCAGGCUGCUCGCAGUGCAAACAUCUUUGUCAUAUUUGUAGUGCUGGAUAACCCGAACUCCAGGGAUUCCAUAUUGGAUAUCAGAGUACCCAUAUUUAAAGGGCCAGGUGAGCUGCCGGAGAUUCGGUCCUAUAUGAAGGAAUUCCCCUUCCCCUUCUACAUUAUCUUGCGAAAUGUGAACGCCCUCCCAGAGACACUGAGUGAUGCUUUGAGGCAGUGGUUCGAGCUUGUCACCGCCACAGACCAGUAAUGGACCACAUGGAAGCAAAUAAAGAGGGGCCAGAAGACACAACUGUAAAACUGAAGUUCCACUGCUGCUAGUUGUCCCGAACAUCAGUGCACACAGCACACACACAAAGACAUUAGACAGGCUGCUGUACAUGUGCCUUUUUCUUAAUAUUAUUUGACUGAAUUUGUAGUUUGAUUGAAGUGGUUUAUCCUUUUCAUCACCACAGUCACCAGACAUUUUUUUUGCCAUUGUUAUUACCAUCAAUAAACUUUGCACAUCUUAUUUUUUUUUUCUUUAACUGUAAGGAAAUAUGAUGCCCAUGUGUGGAAAAACUAAAGUUGAACUGACUGAAUGUUGACUGAAGAUACCUCCACCCCGAUAGUAUUUCCAACCCCCUUUCUUGUCCUGUUUGCAUCCAGUUUGUAAAUGUGAAUGUGACAAAUUUAGUAUAAAUGGCACUGCCAAUGUUUGAUAAUAUCAUAUGCAAAAAAAAAAAAAACUGCAUGUCAGUAAUCACCUUCAGACCCAUUUAUGGUUACCCAGAAAAACUAUGUGCCUUUACAAAAACCCACAUUCCCAUCUAGACAGUUCUCAAUGAAAACGUUGGUACUGACUCAUCAUCCUCACUGUAUAUUUGAAAGGAUUCGGACUACUGGAUCACUGGCUAUUUCUUCUUUACAACCAGAAGCACAGUUUCUGCAAGUGAAGAAAACUUUUGAAAGAUCUUCGAAAUUGUCUGUGAUUUCAAUCACUGUUCUGUAUCCUACAGUUCUUGGAUAUUUAACCUCAUAGACAGUAGCUGCAUCUCUUACUAGACACAUCUAGUAAAACAUUUCAUUUUGAAGUAUUUUGAUUCAGUAACAUUUUGCACACAUUUUUCUGCUCGGUCUGUGCAUUGUCAAAAAGGCAAGGUUGAAAAACGGUUUCAUCAUGUACACAUUACAAAUACACCAGUAACCUUGUAUACGUCUAUGCUCUGCUGUCAUCUUCCUCUUCUUGGUUCAUGAAAUAUGAUACUUGCCGAUAACCCUGGAAAUAACAAUAAAACAUUUUUGACAUGUUUUCA